UAAUGCAUGAGUAGAUUGGACGAGGAUACAGUUCUAAGGUGUAUAAAGGGAAGGAUGAGAACACAGGUGAAGUUGUUGCUGUAAAAGUAAUUGAUGUGAAAGCAAUCAGCAAUGAAAUUGAGAGAUAGUUGAUCAAUUAAGAGAUUAAUGCACUUAAAUUAAUAUAGUCAGUCAAUGUUAUCAAAUUGCAUGAUUAUUAUCACACUAACAAUAAUACAUACAUAAUCACUGAAUAUUGUAAUUAAGGAGAUUUAGGCAAACUAAUUUAAUAGUAGGGUAUAAUACCUGAAGUUGAGGCUUUUAAAAUAUUGAGACAUAUAAUCAAUGGAUUCAAAGAGUAAAUUAGGAAAGGUGUCAUUCAUAGAGAUAUCAAACCAACAAAUAUCUUAAUAAAGAAUUCAGUUCCAAAAUUAGCUGAUUAUGGUUUCUCUAAAAUGAUUAAAGCUCCAAAAGAGAAAGUAUUUUAUAAGGUUGGUACUCCUAUUUAUAUGAGUCCUGAAAGUUAUUUAGAGAAUAAAUAUUCUGAGAAGAGUGAUAUUUGGAGUAUUGGAGUUGUAUAUUAUUAAAUGCUUUAUGGUUAAUGUCCAUGGGUUAUUAAUUCGGAGAGUGAAUUUUAAGAAUCUGUAUCAUAAUUGCAUUUUAAUCGAAAUGUACCCAUAUCAGAAGAGUCAAAAGAUUUCUUAAGGAGAGCUUUAUAGGUUGAUGAAAAUUAAAGGUUGUCUCUAAGUGAUAUUGAUCAACAUCCACUCUUCUUGCGUCGUAAUACUACUGCUUUGAAUAAAAUGAGAGGAGCUUUAGUCAGUAAUUCAUUUAAUAAAUCAAUUACAAAUAUGAAUGUUGUUAGAGUUAAUCAAACUCAAUAAUGUACAAGAAGUGGCUCUACUUCACAUAAGCAUUAAAAAUCUAAUCAAAUUAAAGAGAAGAUAGGAACUAUUAUUUAACAUACAUAUUAAAGCUUUCAUUAUGGUAUGAUUUAGAUUUAUUUUUUACAUAGAAUCUUAAGCUGAAGAGGUUAUUUGUAAUUUCCUUAAUUAAUGUAAAUUUAUCUAUCGUACUUGUCAAUUAAUUGAUCAUGUAAAAUAUUUACAAUCUCCAAGAUUGAGAGAGAGGAUUAUGGGAUAUUUUGGAAAGGAAGUGAUGGACAUUAUGAAUAAAGUAUGUGUAAUAUUUAUUACAAGCUAAAAGAAGCAUAUGAAAAAGGAGUAAAUAAUAUUAAAGUAAUCAAUUUCAAUCAUUAAUUUGUGAUUUCCAUAUUAAAUAAAUAUUCAUUUAGAGAAGUCUAUUUGAAAUAUAAAGAAUAUUAUGGAAUGUCUUUGUUGGGUGAUAUAUCUUCUUUAAAGGAUAUUAUUAGAGAAUUAAAUCAUUAACUUAGAAUAAAUGAAUAAAAUGAAACUGGUAUUUUAUUAUUGGAUUAUCUAACCUAUUAUUAUUAAGUAAUAAUAAAUAAUAAUACUUAAUAAUUUUUGGAUGGUAAACCAAUCAAUGAAAUUACACCUAGUCAUUAUUAAGAAAUUAGAGUGAAAAUAUAUAAUUUAGAAAUAUGA